GCUAAGCUUUUCAAUAGUCGGAAGGACCUCCAUCGCACUAGCAUCCCUUGUGAUCAUUGAUAAGGGGAGGGUUUAAAAUGAUGGGUGGCCGGCUUACUCCACUUUCGCCGACCUUAACAAGUUGUCGCCUGUCGUUUGCCCACGAUGGUUCCCACGCAGGAAGAUAUCGCCAAGUUCCUCACGAUCGUGCCACAUGCCAACGAGGGACAAGCUUUGUUGUACUUACAGGCAAGCUUUUUCCUUCCUCGAUCACUUGUCUUGUUUGUUUCAGCUUAUUUAUCUAUCAUAGGGAGCGACCACCCUCGAAGAAGCCAUCACCCACUUCUACGAUGGUUCUCUCACACACGCCAACGGUGCCGCACCGGGCGACACUUCGAAUUCCGUGAGCCAGGAUCAAAAUACCCAGCCCGAUCAUGCUGAUCCUCUGCCUUCCUAUCAAGCGGCCGUCGCGAUGGGAGGCAACGAAUCUAGAACCACGCAUACCAAUUCGGUUAUUGAGGCGGCGAAGCUCCGCGCGCGCGAUGAGGUGUGCAGAGCCUCGUUCCCGGCCCCCUUUUUUAUUGUUCUCACCUAACUCAGAAGUCUCUCUGUAUCCAUAGCAAG